AUUAUUUCAUCGGCAUACAGAUCGGGUUACAAGCACGCUUCAAACUUUUAGAAAUUCGCUUGGCGCUCGCAAAACUUUUCCGUUUCGGUUUUAAAAUUCAAAACGCCCACAAAAUAGCAAUGGCGUCGAAUAGCAACAACAGCAACAACAGCAACAGCAGCAACAGCAACAACAACAACAACAACAACCUCUACAAUUACAGUCACAUUUUGAUCAACCGACGCCGCCGCCACAGACAAAACAUAUUUGAUUAUAUGCAACACAUGGAGAUGCCGAUGACGUUGCCGUUGGCGAUGCCACAGCCGAUGCCGAUGCCACAGCCGAUGCCGAUGCCACAGCCGAUGCCAAUGCCAGUCACAAUGCCAAUGACAAUGCCAGUGCCAGUGCCAAUGCCAAUGCCAAUGACAAACCCAUUGCGCACCCAAAUGGAGCGUUAUGCAAGACAGACGCUGCCAAGGAGGCACCUGGCCGGCGGCUGGGGUGCGAUGGGCAAUGAGGGACAGGCUGGUGAUGUUGCCACCAUUGGCGAUAAUAAUCAUGUGGUGGGCAUACCCACAGUGGCCCCCGCCAAUCACAUGGCCCAUAUGGGCGGCGGCGAUGCAGAGAUCAUUGCUGAGGCGCCAUUGGCGCCGCAUUUGCGCGGCGCCGGCGACGGCAUGCAGGGGGAGCCGGCACAGCCGCCGCCGCAGCGAGUGAUCCAGCCACCAAGACGUGAGACUCUCGAGCAGCGUCGCGAGCGCAGCGUUCAACAGAUAUUGCGCCUAUGCGACUUCAUACAGCAGCAGCUGGCGUCUAUAGCCGCCCAGAUCGAUGCCUACGAGAGGAAGCUGGCACAGCACCACGCCCCCUCACCGUCGCCACCGGAGCCCGACGGCGAUGUCAUAUAGACAGACGCUGAGCCCGCCGCAUACCGUGCUGCCGCUCUUGGGGAUGCUGGAGGAGAUGGGCACUGGAUCUGCAGGAGUUGGAGGAGCUGCGUUGCUGACGCUCAGCACUCUGAUCUCGGUUUUCUUAUUCGCACAAAAUUCGCUAAUUGUUGGCGUGUCUCAUUUUGUUUGCACAUUUUAAUCCACAAUUCCUUUUCCAAUCCAAAAUUGCCUUCGAGUGCACGUGUUAUCGUUGGACGCGCAAAUGAAGCAAGUAAAAUGUAUGCGCUCCAA